AUGGAUCCAUUCAGUUUAAAAAGAGAAAACCGGAAGAAAUUCCAAGACAAACAAAAGUUAAAGAGAAGUCAUCCUACGUCAAGUGCUAGAAAAUAUAGAAUCCUAAACAGACAAAAACAAGCAGAAGAGGACAAUACUAAAGGUGAAAAUGGAGAAGAUGAAACCAUAAAAGAGGCCCCUAACAAUUUAGACAGAUACGAUAAAGAAGAUGAAUCUGCAUUUGACGAUUUAGAGGAUACCCUUGUCUCGACUGUUGCGACAAACAAACUGAAAGAAGUAAUCAAGGCUAAAGAACAAAAUAACAUAACAGCAGAUAGAGAGUUACAGAUCUCUUCGAAUAAAGUCAAAACCACUAGAGAUCUAGCAUCAAUGGAUAUCAAAGAACUGAAUACAAUGCUACAGAGAACUACACUCAAUAACAACAUACCAUCGCAAGAAUCAACCACGAAUAAAUAUUCAGUGAUUUCAAAAGCAGAAAAAAGCCCAAUUGAACCUAAUACAGUCAAGAAAACAAGACCAACACAUGAAUCACUAGUGCCUCCAACAUUGAACAAAGACGAGGAUUUCUUAGACGGCUUAAUAUAA